AUGGAGCCGCAGGAACACGUCUCCUUGCGUCAGGAGCAGAGCAAGAAAAUGGGAAUCAUGGGAUUCCCCUCACUCUCGCCCCAUUCCCCCGCUCCAUGCCACUCGACACUGGAGGACAAACCGCGUCCCAGUAAAUUCGAGUUCGUAAGGGCAUUUCUGCCCGGCGGAGAAUUUCACGGUGUCUCCAUUGUGGACCUUGCAGUGGCGAUGAGAAAAAGAUAUGGUGAUAUAUUCAGAAUGCCUGGAGUGUUCGGCCGCAAGGAUAUGGUGGCCUCUUUCAGUCCCAAGGAUAUGGAGUUGGUUUUCCGCAACGAGGGAACCUGGCCGCAACGAGACGUCUUCCCCUCGUUGACCUAUUACCGGACUCACUUAAGAAAAGAUUUCUAUGGGGAUAAUAUUGGUAUAGUGCAAGCAGAGGCCUGGGAUAAAAUGCGAUCGGUCCUCAAUCCAAUUUUCAUGCAGCCCAAGGGCCUAAAAACAUAUUACGAACCACUUUCCAACAUCAAUAAUGAGUUCAUUGAGCGUAUCAAAGAAAUACGAGAUAGCAAAACCCUCGAGGUACCUGAUAACUUUGAGGAGGAAAUAAACCGCCUGAUCUUCGAUUCCCUUGGUCUGGUGGCCUUCGAUCGCCAAAUGGGUUUGAUCAGGCAGAACCGAAACAAUCCCGAUGCCUAGGCAUUCAGGAAAAUGAUGAGGCUUCUCGAUGAGAGUUUGGAGGUGACCCAGAAGUUGCUGAAGGAAACCCAGGAUACACUGGAAAAACGGCACCAGGCUGGCGAGCAGAUAAAUGGCAACAGCAUGCUGCAGCGGAUGCUGGAGGUGGAUCCCAAGCUGGCGGUGAUCAUGAGCCUGGACACCUUGUUCGCGGGAGUUGAUGCCACCACUAUUCUCCUGUCUGCUGUGCUCCUCUGUCUGGCCAAGAAUCCGGAGAAGCAAGCGAAGCUGCGGGAGGAGUUCCUGAAGAUUAUGCCCACCAAGGACUCGCCUCUCAACGAGCGGACCAUGAAGGAUAUGCCCUAUCUGAGGGCAAUGAUCAAGGAAGCUCUGCGUUGCCAUACCAAUGGCUUGGGAAACUUCCGCGUUUGUCCCACAGACGUCACUCUCUCCGUUUACACUGUGCCCAAGGGCAGUAACAUUGUCCUCGGAUCCCAAGUCCUGUUGCAGGACGAGAAGUACUAUGUGGAGCCCGAGAAGUUCCUGCCGGAGCGCUGGCUAAGGGAUCCCGAGACUGGAAAGAAGACCCCUAUCAACGCUUUCAGUUUCCUGCCAUUUAGCUUCGGACCUCGCAUGUGUAUUGGCAGAAGAUUGGUGGACUUGGAAAUCGAGACGAGUGUGGCCAAGUUGAUAAGGAACUUCCAAGUGGAGUUCAACCACGACGCCAGUCGCCCCUUUAAGACUUUUAUUUUUAUGGAGCCGGCCAUUCCGUUCCGCUUUAAGUUCACCGAUAUCGACCAUUAAGUGGAUUUG